CCUUCAUAUCACUAAUCUUUUAUAUUAUGAAACAGAAAUUUCACGAUGCUAUCACAAAAUAUAAAAGAAUGCGAGCACGUUUUGAUCAAAGACAAAAAUUAAAGAAUGAAUAUGAAUUACUGAUUAAAUUCGAUGAACAUACAUAUGAAUUGUUUGGAUUAUAUCAGCAAACUAUUGUCGGUGAUAUCAAUGUACCAAAAAUGAAUUAUCGUGAUCCAAAUGAAAUGUCAUAUAUGUGGUCAUGGAUUAAAGGGAAUCGUAAAUGGCAUGCAUGGAAUAAGUGCAAAGGUCAGAUAACAUAA